AUGCCAGCACCACCUUCGAUAACAUAUGCGACGAUAUCAUCACCUCUUCCUACCCGACCAUACAUAUUGUCCAUAACACCUUCACCUACGAAUCCGCACUUGAUCCUUCGACAUCCAGGUCCCGAAUUGACUAUAGUCGAUAAUCAAACGCUUCAACCUAUCGAACGUCUUUCAGGAGGACAUCAAGGGAAUAUAACCAGUGUGGUAGCUGAUCAAGAUUCGUUAUGGUCUUCAGCUAAAGAUGGUACUAUCGUGAGAUGGGAUGAGAGAAGUAAGAGAUCUGCUACGAUCAUACAGGCAUCGGUGAGAAAACCUAUACCAGUAACAGCAUUGGCUAUAUCCCAAAGAGAUCAUUUGGUAAUUGGAGGAACUGAAUUACUGUCAUCUGAAUCACAUAUACUAUUUUGGGAUGAUCGAAAUCCUUCAAAAUCAGCUUAUAUACAUUCAUCUACACAUUCAGAUGAUAUAACACAUCUAUCAAUCUUACCCACCACUUCAACUUAUCUAAGAUCUUCUUCUUCUUCUUCUUCAUCAAGUUCAGGUCCAUUACCUGAUAAAUUAUUGUUAUCCUCUUCAACGGAUGGUUUGGUGGCUUUAUCAAAUCUGAAAGAGACGGACGAAGAUGAGGCGGUAUUGACGGCUGAGAAUUGGGGUCAAAGUAUCGCAGAUGUAACAAGUUAUUUACAUAAAGGUAAAAUGAAAAUUUGGGCAAGGAGUGACAUGGAUCAAGUCGCUGUUUGGGAUAUUGGGAAAGGUAUAGAAGAUGAAUUGGAGCUUCAGAACCACGUAGAAUACCCAUCAUCUGCAUUCAAAUUCAAGACUUUCACUCCACCGAAACAAGGGCCAACGAUAACUCAAACAGCAUCCGAAGAGAUGGAAUCGAAAGUACAACUGAAAUCAGAUUACUUGAUUGACGUAGUACCUUCUUUGGGAAUCAGUAAGAAUGGAGGUGCGAUCACUGCCGUUGGAACUAACGACGGAGAUAUCGUGCUUCAACAUCAAUCAUCUUCUUCAACAGAUUACACACCUUCAUCGUAUCUGUUAUCUGGACCAUCAAAAUCCCGAGGACAUAAAGAUGUUAUCAGAUCAUUGUAUCAUGAUUUAUCAAAUGAAGCUAUAUAUACCGGAUCUGAAGAUGGUGUAUUGUCAGGAUGGACUUUAUCGUCUCUUUCAGAUAAAUUGAUUAUCGGUGAUCCUGAUAUCGAUAUUUCAGGUGAUGAAGAUGAUGUUAUGGAUCAAGAUCAGAGUGAUGAAGAAAGUGAAAUUCAUACUGAAUCAUCAGAGGAAAUAUCGGAUAAAUCAGAUGAUGAUGAUGAAUCGAUGGAAGAACGUCCAAGAUAUGGUCCUAUCAUUGGUGCUGCUGCAGGUGCGAAUGCAAAUGCUUCAAGAGGUGAUCAAAGGAGAAAAGAGAAAAGAAAAGAAAAACGAUUUGACCCAUAUUAG